UUAGGAAUAUGUGUCCAGCUUUUAAACGUGGUUUUCAGAGUUAGUGAUAAUAGCUUUUACGGUAAUUGCUUUCUACUUUCUCUCUUGAAUCGUUUUCUGUCGAAUGUUAUCUGAAGUUAUCGUCCAUUAUUUAUGUCCACCUUUUGGACCAAUUCGUCUCUGUUUGAUUAUUUGAAGAGGCUCCAACGUUGAGACAAUAUAAAAACAACGAGACACAUUCUAAAACGCAAUCAGUCCGACAGCAGAUCGACACCAUGAAGCCACUUUUUUUGGCCAGCGGACAGCAGAAUUACUCCUCCAGCGCGUUCUACCCGUCGGCGGCCCGGAUGGCAACAUUGCGCUGGGACAAUGAACUGGCGGCAAUUGCCGCGGCCAAUGUCCGCCGUUGUCAGUAUGGGCAUGACAAAUGCCGUAACACGCCGCAGUAUUCCAACGCGGGACAGAAUAUAGCCAACCUUGCGUUUCAGAACACCAACUAUGUCGAUUCGGACGUGAUCCGGGACUUUAUCAACGACUGGUAUUCGGAAUAUGCCGUAGCCAACCCGGCACUGAUGGCUUCGUAUCCGAAGGGUUACACUGGUCCCGCUAUUGGUCACUUUACCCAGAUCGUGUCGGACCGGUGUACGGCCGUGGGUUGCGCGAUGGUUCGGUACGUGGACGGCGAUGGGUGGACCAACCAGAACCUGGUGUGCAACUAUGCCAUCACCCAGAUUACGAGCCAGCCGAUCUACGUGGCCGGUUCCGCUUGCUCGCAGUGUGCCACCGGAUGCAAUCCAAAGUACCCGGGACUGUGCAACCCGGAGGAGAAGAUCUUCCCGAAACCGUAAAUUAACUAGUUGCAUAAAGCAUCCAUGACUUUGGUUUUUACCAUGAUUGAUAACAAAAACAAGAAUUUUUUCGAACAUA